GCCCCCGUCCCCAUUGCACAGAGGCGCACGUCCCCACUCCACCCACCCCUCUCGCCAGCGAAUGGUCGCUUCCAAGCGGGUGGCCAUGUUUGCCGCUUAUAAUCGCGAGCGCAGGCGAAGCCAGAGGCUGCUUUUCAUGCGAGCGGGGAGGGCGCUCGGGAGGAGGGGCAGCGGCAGCAGCAGCAGCCGCGUCAGGCGCCGGGGAAGAAGGCGAGCAGCAGCAGCAGCAGCGGCCGGAGCCUCGUCGUCGUCGUCGCCCUCGCCCCCCUCAGCAGCAGCAUGGCCGUGGCGGUGGGGAGACCCUCGAACGAUGAUCUCCGAAACCUGUCCCUGUCGGGCCAUGUCGGUUUUGACAGCCUCCCUGAUCAGCUGGUCAACAAGUCAACCUCGCAGGGUUUCUGCUUCAACAUCCUUUGUGUUGGGGAAACUGGCAUUGGCAAAUCGACGCUCAUGGACACCCUGUUCAACACAAAGUUUGAAAGUGACCCAGCCACUCACAACGAGCCUGGAGUGCGGUUGAAAGCAAGGAGUUACGAACUCCAGGAGAGCAACGUCCGCCUGAAGCUGACGAUCGUUGACACGGUUGGAUUUGGAGACCAGAUCAACAAAGAUGACAGCUACAAGCCCAUUGUGGAAUACAUAGAUGCCCAGUUUGAAGCCUACCUGCAGGAGGAGCUGAAAAUCAAGCGCUCCCUCUUUAACUACCACGACACCAGGAUUCACGCUUGCUUAUACUUCAUCGCACCUACUGGCCACUCGCUGAAAUCUCUUGAUCUGGUCACCAUGAAGAAGCUCGACAGUAAGGUGAACAUCAUCCCCAUAAUCGCCAAAGCUGACACCAUUGCGAAAAACGAGCUGCAUAAAUUCAAGAGCAAAAUCAUGAGCGAGCUGGUCAGCAAUGGAGUCCAAAUCUAUCAGUUCCCCACGGAUGAAGAGACAGUGGCCGAGAUUAACGCCACAAUGAGUGUCCACCUCCCGUUUGCUGUGGUUGGCAGCACCGAAGAAGUGAAAAUUGGCAAUAAGAUGGCCAAGGCCAGGCAAUACCCAUGGGGAGUCGUGCAAGUUGAAAAUGAAAACCACUGUGACUUUGUGAAGCUGCGUGAAAUGCUCAUAAGAGUGAACAUGGAGGACUUGAGGGAACAGACUCACAGCCGACAUUACGAGCUCUAUCGCCGCUGCAAGCUGGAAGAGAUGGGGUUCAAAGACACUGACCCUGACAGCAAACCAUUCAGUCUGCAAGAGACCUAUGAAGCCAAGAGGAAUGAGUUCCUGGGUGAGCUCCAGAAAAAGGAGGAGGAAAUGAGGCAAAUGUUCGUCAUGCGGGUAAAGGAAAAAGAAGCCGAGUUGAAAGAAGCAGAAAAGGAUCUUCACGAGAAGUUUGACCACCUAAAGCGGACUCACCAGGAAGAGAAGAAGAAAGUGGACGACAAGAAGAAGGAGCUUGAGGAGGAGCUGGGCAACUUCCAGAAGAAGAAAGCGGCAGCCCAGCUGCUCCAGUCACAAGGGCAGCAGGCUGGCUCUCAACAAACCAAGAAAGACAAGGACAAGAAAAAGUAAGCCAUUGUCUCAGGUCGAGCUCUGUGGGCUUCUGUUCCAGUGUGCUGUCUUCCGUUGCAUGUCUGUAUUCGCUUCUUCCCAUUAUCAGACUGGAAACUGGGCUUCCCUCCCUCUCUCCCCGCCCCCACUUUAAAACAAAAAACCCCCCAGACUGAAUUAUUUUUUAUAUAAAAGAAAAUACAGGUUUGUUUGCUUUUUUCUUAAAAGAGGAGCGGGGAGGGAAUAUGACCGGCUUUAUUUUUUUAUACAGAGGGUACCUUAAUAAUAUUUUGUAAAAGCUUGACUAGCGUGUUCAAAGAAGCAAGAGAGCAGUUGGAGAGCAGAGACCGAAAGCCAGCCCACCCAGCGAUCGGCUGAACCGACUUUACAAUAAGUCUUGGAUUUUCUGUUGUCGAAGCAAAACACAUAGCGCUCCGUCUCUCACUGUCUUUCCCAGUGAUGCUUCAAAAGGUCUGUGCUUAAUUCACUGUGUAAAAGCCUUGCCACGAUGGGCCAGUGUAGAGAUGACAGUUUUCCUGAGUGUUAGCCGUGUGGUUAAGUGAUUGUGUUGGGCUGCAGGAUCAUGCCGCCAGGUUCCCUCGCCUCGCCUCUGGGUUUUGCGGGCAGCCGGGAGGAUGUGAUCCUGUGGCCCCAACCCUCUUAAAUGUACGCAACAACUUGGCUCAUAUUGCAUUCCUAACCAGCCAGAGGUAUAUUCAGCUCGGAGUCGCUUAGUGCCAAAAGCGACUAUUUGCAAAAGCGGCUGUUAGAGCGUGCAAGUAACUCUAGUUACAGUAUAAACUGUCUGGUGCCAGUUCUGCCCCUCUGCUAGCCAAACAAAUUAACAGUGCUGGGUAUGCUAUGAUUGCAGUACAAUGCUUCUUAUUGUAAAAGUAAAAAAUAAAAUAAAACCAGCAGUCUGGCAUCGUUGGAGCAAGUCAGACCCGCAUAUUUGCAGUCAGAGCUUUAGCCGCUGCUUGGCUGCGGAAGUGAAGAAAAGUUUUGCAGGCACGUGAGGGUACUUAACUGCACCAGCAAUGGGAGUGCCAUGCAUGGAUGGGGCUCUGGAGCUAUGCUCAUGGGUCUUCUAAGUGCUUCUUGAAGGAGCAGUAGCACAUGCAAAGGCAAUAUGUCUCCUCUUGAUAAAUACCUUUCGGGAAAUUUCAAAGCAUUGUUGCAGUGUCUCUUGAGAAAGAGAGAAGCAUACUAGGCAUGAACCUUAACAGGUAUCUGGUCUACAGCAGGACCUUUCUCUUCCCCUGCCAUUGUUCUCCAGACCUUUCUCUGCUAGUCCUGGUGGGUGCCAGGGGUGCAGCGGGUUUCCUUUUGGUUCCGCACCUGUGCAUAUGGCUCUGCAAGCAUGGCACCCAUAGGAGAUUUGGGUGACGUUUGCCACUUCCGUAACUACCCUGGUUGCAUUUUUGUAACACUGGAGUCCUCCUGCAGGUCACUUACAAGGUCUCAAGGUACUGAAAAGGGCAAAGUGCAAAAGAUGGAGCCAUCUACUGGCUUCAGGAUUAUGUACUUGCAAUGUAGGUAUACAGAUUUGCCUUUUUCGUGUUGACCUUUCUUUAAAGGCGUUGCGACCACUGGAGAGGGUUACAGGAGCAAUCUCGCUCCACAAGAAUGUAACCAGGGAUGUGCAACCCCAAAGGUCUUUCCUUACCUUCUUUGCAAGUUUAGAGCCACCAUGGCCAGUUCUGUCUUCCAGGCUGAUGCUGCAAGUCCCAUCUGGGAGAAGGGCAGUCAGCACAGGGACCUGAUCCCUUCCCUGCACACGUCUGUUUGUGAGUGACCGGCGCUCUGCUUCAGAGUGCCGGUCACCCACAAAAACUUUGGUGUGGAAACUCCUUUUGGUUGCACUUCUGCCAGCAGAAGUUGACCCACCAAAGAGCUUUGUAUCCAUUCCGUCUUUCUCUCUAGUCCUAAAUACUGGCUAAGCUUAGUUUCUGCAGUAGCUAAAACAACAGACACCUUAAAGACAUGAUCCCUCUAUACAAACAGGACAUGCACCACACUGUAGCUCUUUCCAGCUCUUCAAAACUUCUAGUUACUCCAUCCUUCCUUCCACCCAACAUUUUGUGGCCAUUGACCACACUCUGUCCUCACUGAACUGCUUUUAAAUUUCCCUCCCUUAGGAUCCUUAGGGAAGGUUUAUUUUAACUUGUGCAAAAUUUGGGGUCUGUCCCUCAAUCUUUCAGAUGAUCUCCUCCCGCUUCUUUUAUGCGUGGAUUGAUGCCAAUUCGGCUAGACAAUCAAUAACAGUCACAUGACAUAAGUAUCAUGUAACGCAGGGGCCAAACUAAUUUCCAUACACGGUGUUGCCAAAUGUCAUGGGUUGCAAAGAACUUCGGUAGAUCCGUUAAAUUUUUGUGCAGUAUAUAUCCCUGCCACUUCCUGCAUCUGAUGAAUUGGGCUCAUGUUCAUGACAGCUCACGCCACAAAUUGAGUGCUGGUCUUUAAGGUGCUACAAGACUCUUAGUUGCUUUUGCUACGGCAGACUAACAUGGCUACCUCUCUGCUAUAACCGAAGUCCUAUUCUGCAAUUUGUAAAAAUGAACAGAGUGAGGUCCAUUUUGACUGUUCUAGCUUCUGACUGUGCUUCCCUUGUGGGGGUUGGGAAUCAAUAUGUAGGUUAUAUUUUUUUAAAUGAAGGAUUCUUUGAAAGAGUAAUUAUUUUUGAAUCUGUCUUUACAUGGAAGAAACUCUAUUUUUUGUAUAUCUUAUAAGCAUCUGUAAUGGUGAUUGCUUGACCUAGUCGAGGAGGUCUGUCUCUGGACUCAGUCGAAUUUGCAAAUUACAGGAGGGCGUUCCGUCUUUGGAAAAUUGUACAUUUUCAGCAUGGGCUGGCUAUCUCACCUCACCUUGUGCCCCUUUGGCCUUGUUCACAAUGCACCUUUAUUGUAGAGCAGUUAACGAGACAUUCUGUUGUGCAGAACCCACACUGGGGAGCUGUGAAGGAGUAUUCUCCCAUUGAUUGCAGACAAACUUCAGGACGAGUUUAGACCAGAAGCAUGUAGCCAUCUAGAUAUGGCUGGCUCACAGCUCCCAUUGUCCUGAGCUCUGCCCAUGCUGGUCAAGGCCUCAGGUUCCCCAUCCAUGCCUGGUUCAUUUAGUCCCAUGUUCAGUGUCCCAACCUCAGUUUCUAAAACAGGAGGAGGUGGAAAUGAGCUUCACUUGGAGAUCAUUUUUCUCCACCCUUCUCCAACACCAGAUAAUGUGUGGCUGGCUGCGGUUCUUCAGUGGUGAAGGAAAAGCACUCUAUGCGAGAGGGAUUUCCCUAACGUUACUAUAAUAUCACAUCUUCCAGGGCUGAACCUGGCAAUAGGAAGUUUCUGGUACUGAUCCCUAGCUCAGAGAAAGCUGUAGUUGCUCCAUAGACCGUUGCUGUCUAUAUAAGCACAAUCUCUUCUAUAAUAAUAUUUUAUGAGGCAGCAACUUUCUGUUUCCCAAAACUAAAGCCGUCCACCUUCGACUAUAAAUUAGGUUGACAUUUUUACUUCCUUGUUUGAGCAUGCGUCUGAGAUGCGGCAGUGAAUUUUGUAAAAAAAAAAAAGAGAGA